CUGACCGCAGCCUGUGCUCCUGGAGACCGCUGGACCUGAAAUCCUCAGAGGUCUGGUCAGAGAUUCUCACCGCAUCAAGGCCUGUGCACUGACUCCAUGCUACGCUCUCUCUGCCUUCUGAGGCUCCUGGUCGCCUUCUCCUUCAUUUCCAGAGCGCAGCCCUUGGCCCCUCAAGACUUUGAAGAAGAGGAAGAUGAGAUACCUCGGUCACCUUUGCGUCCUGUCUUCUGCGACUACGACCGCUGCCGCCACCUGCAGGUUCCGUGCCUCGAGCUGCAGAGGGCGAGCCCGACCGCCUGCCUGUGCCCUGGGCUCUCCAGCCCCGCGCAGCCGCCCGCCCCGCCGCGCCUGGGGGAAGUGCGCGUGGCGGCCGAGGACAGCAGCGCGGCGGUGCACUGGUGCGCCCCCUCCUCCCCGGUGCACCAGUACUGGCUGCUGCUUUGGGAAGGCAGCGGGGCUCCCCAGAGGGGCCCCGCCCUCAACUCGACCGUCCGCAGAACCGAACUGAAGGGACUGAAGCCAGGGAGAGCUUAUGUGGUUUGCGUGGUGGCCGCUAACGAGGCGGGAGAAAGCAGCGUGCCCGAGGCGGGUGGCGAGGGCUCCGAGGGCUCGGGCGGCCCUGCCUUCGGGCCGUGCGGCCGCAUGGUCGUGCCCCCCCGGCCCCUCACUCUGCUCCACGCAGCCCUGGGCGUGGGCGCGGCGCUGGCACUGCUGAGCUGCGGCGCCCUGGUCUGGCACUUCUUCCUGCGCCAGCGCUGCGGCUGCCCCCGCCGCGCCCGCGCCCGCGCCCCACCUGCAGAGGGGCUCUGA